AUGAGCGGGCCGACGGAGGCGGCGCCCGCGGCGAGCCCCGCCCUGCCGUCCGUGCCGCUCCCGGCGGUCCCGGCGGACGCAGUGACGGCCGCCCACGCCGCGGAGCUCGACUCGGGGGCGGACGGCGCGAGUGACAGCGACGAGAGCUGGGACGAGGACGAGAUGGCCCUGGCGCUGGAGUGGGCGGACAUGCGCGAGGACCACGCGUCCGCUGCGUUAAACCACAAUGUGCACCGUCCAAACGCGCACGGAGGGGCGUUCAACCAGGGACGUGCGCGGGGCGCGCAGUUGAAGGGCGUGGGGGGAGGGAAGGGCGCAGGGAAGCACGUCGUCGACUUGCUGGAUCCCGGCAUGGCGGUCAGCGGGAAGGUACAGAACGUCAUCAAAGGCGCAGCCAAGAAGGAGCUCUCACAAGCCAUCAGGAUCACGGACAAGUCCCAGCGCGCAACGGUGGAGCAAGCGCUCGACCCACGGACGCGCAUGAUCCUGUUCCGCUGGCUGAACAAGGGCGUCUUCGACUCCAUCCACGGGUGCAUCAGCACGGGCAAGGAGGCCAACGUGUACCAGGCCACGCGGGCCGGCGACAGCGACCUUGCCGUCAAGAUCUACAAGACCUCCAUCCUGGUCUUCAAGGACCGCGACAGGUACGUGUCGGGGGACCACCGGUUCAAGCAGGGGUACUGCAAGAGCAACCCGCGCAAGAUGGUGUCGGUGUGGGCGGAGAAGGAGUUCCGCAACCUGUCCCGCCUCCAGAAGGCCGGCAUCCGCACGGCGCGCCCGGUGGCCCUGAAGCGCAACGUGCUGCUGAUGGAGCUGAUCGGCGAGGAGGGGCGCGCGGCGCCGCGGCUGAAGGACGCGCGGCUCCCGGAGAGCAAGCUGCGCGACCUGUACACGGAGGCGGUGCUGUACAUGCGCACGAUGUACCAGGACUGCAAGCUGGUGCACGGGGACCUGAGCGAGUACAACAUAUUGGUCUUCCGCGGACACCUGUACGUGAUCGACGUGUCGCAGGCGGUCGACCUCGACCACCCGCACGCGCUGACCUUCCUCCGCGAGGACUGCCAGCACGUGAACGACUUCUUCCGGAAGUCCUCCGGGGGGGGUGUUGCGGUGCUGACCAACCGCGAGCUGUUCAACUUCUGCGUGGACCCGAGCAUCACGCCGGAGAACCUCGACGCGAACCUCGACGCGCUGAUGCGGCUCGCGGCCGCGCGCCCCGCCGCGCGCACCGCCGAGGACGAGAUUGAGGACGCGGUGUUCCAGCAGGCCUUCAUCCCGAAGCGGCUGGACGAGGUGGCGCGGUACGAGCGGGACCACGAGGCGGCGGCGCGCGGGGAGAAGGUCGAGGGGGUGUUCUACCAGGUGAUCACGGGGAUGCGCGACGACCUGACGGGGCCGCAGGAGGAGCCGCGGCUGCUGGCGGAGGCCAGGGAGCGGGAGCGGGACGCGGUGCGGCGGGCGAGGGAGGAGAUCGCGCGCGGGGAGGGAGAGGGGGCGGCGGGCGAGGAGGAGGGGGGGGAGGGGGCGCGGGGCGGCGAGGCGCGGGAGGAGGCGAUGCCGGUGCCGCAGGGGCGCGCCGAGAGCCGCGCGGUGCAGGCUGGGGGCGCCAUCCCGCACCUGGCUGGCAGGGACGACGUGACGGCGCACAUGGUGCGCAUGACGAUGGCGGCGGGCGCGCGGACGGUGGAGCAGGGCAGGAAGCAGCAUGACGGUGCGCAGGACCCCUUCGCGCACCUGCCGCCGCCAAAGGUCGGGGGCGCGGCCGCGGCGGCUGCUGCGGCUAAGGCACUGGCGUGGGGCGGCGCGGACGACGACUCCGACUACGAGGACGAGAGCGCGGACGAGGGCGAGGCUGGCGCGCUCUCAGCAGCGGCGGUCGCGGCGCAGGCGCGGGCGGCGCCCGCGGAGGGGUCGGGCGCGUCUGGGGACAGCGGAGACGAGAGCGGGGAGGAGAGCGGGGAGGAGUCGGGGGACGACGAGAUGGCGCGCGAGUGGGAGGCGCGGGAGGGUCGCAAGCUGACAAAGGAGGAGGUGCGGGAGCUGCGGAAGGAGCACAAGCGGGCGGUGAAGGCGGAGCGCGCGGAGAAGCGCAAGGAGAAGAUGCCGAAGAAGGUGAAGAAGCAGAAGGAGAAGAAGAGCAAGAAGAAGCGGUGA